ACCUCCUCCACCCCUCUCUUCUCCUCGGCUCCGUCUCCGUCCGCCGUCGCGUCACCGCACGAGCAUCUCUCACCCCCCUCACGACCUCCCGCUUCAGCUCGACCCGCACGACGCACAUCCCCGCCUCAGUCCCUUCACACGCUCGCCCAGCAUGUCCGCCAACGCCCGUCUGGACCAGAUCCAGAGCCACAUCGACCCGGCGCAGAGUGCCUCCGCAACGUGGGAGAGCGUGCCGCAGGCGCCGCCGGACGUCAUCUUCCAGUUGACGGCGGCGUACAAGGCCGACAAGUACGAGAAGAAGGUGAACCUGGGCGUCGGCGCAUACCGCGACAAUGACGGCAAGCCGUGGGUGCUGCCGAGCGUCAAGAAGGCACAAGCUAUCCUGCUGAACGACGACACGGUGGACCACGAGUACCUCUCGAUCACUGGACUGCCCGAGUUCGUGGCCUCGGCCGCCAAGCUGAUCCUCGGCAAGGACUCGGCGGCCACGUCCGAGGGGCGCGUGACGAGCGUGCAGACGAUCAGCGGCACGGGCGCCAACCACCUGGCCGCCGUGUUCCUGGCGCGCUUCUACGACUGGAGCCGUGCGGGCGGCGAGAAGAAGAUCUACAUCUCGAACCCGACGUGGGCCAACCACAAGGCCAUCUUCAACGCCGCUGGCAUCGAGCCCGUCGACUACCCAUACUACGAUGCCAAGACGGUCGGCCUCGACUUUGAGGGCUUCACUGGCGCGCUCAAGUCCGCACCGAACCGCUCCGUGUUCCUGCUGCACGCCUGUGCGCACAACCCCACGGGCGUCGACCCCACCAAGGAGCAGUGGGGCGCGAUCAGCGACAUCUUCCUCGCCAAGGGCCACAUGGCCUUCUUCGACUGUGCCUACCAGGGCUUCGCGUCUGGCUCAUUAGACGCCGACGCCUUUGCGGUCCGCCACUUCGUGGCGCAGAAGAACAUUCCGCUGCUGAUCUGCCAGAGCUUCGCCAAGAACGCCGGCCUGUACGGCGAGCGCGUCGGUGCGCUGCACGUCGUGUCGGCAAGCAAGAAGCAGGAGGCGGCCGUCAAGUCGCAGCUCUCCGUCAUCCAGCGUGCCGAGAUCUCCAACCCGCCGGCCUUUGGCGCGCGCGUCGUCAGUCUCAUCCUCAACGACAAUGCGCUGUGGGAGCAGUGGAACAAGGACGUCAAGUUCAUGGCGGAGCGCAUCAUCGACAUGCGCAAGCAGCUGCACUCGCUCCUGACGGAGAAGCACAAGACGCCGGCGCCCGGCGGCAACUGGGACCACAUUCUGAAGCAGAUCGGCAUGUUCUCCUACCUCGGCCUCACGCCGAAGCAGGUCAAGUACAUCGUCGACGAGGGCCACAUCUACAUGACGGGCAACUCGCGCAUCUCGAUGGCCGGCCUCAACACGCACAACGUCGCGUACGUGGCCGAGGUCAUCGACAAGGCUGCCCGCACCGCCUGAGCCUGUUCUCGCCCUCAUCCUCCCAGCUGUGCUUCUCCGUGCUGCGUGUGUCAUUGCGAUCGAUCAACAGACAG